AUGUCUCAAUAUAAUGCACCAGUCGUUUCUGAAGAGGAAUAUGAGGUUGAAUGCGUACGAGAUAGUCGCAUAAUAAACGGCGUGGAACAGUUUCUGAUCAAAUGGGCUGGUUAUGAUGAAAAUAGUUGUACGUGGGAGCCACGCUCUAAUCUCAACUGUGAGCAAAAACUACAAGAUUAUUUUGAUCGAAAGAAUAAAACGUUCGGACAGCAUCAAGAAGCCGCCAAAGAUUCUAAAAAAACCGUAGAAGCUGGACAAAAACAAAAGGAUUUAGAAGAACCAAGAUUAACUAACCACACUAGCAAUGCUGGUCAUACUGAGCAAGAGCACUAUCGGAAAUUAACUGCGAGUCAAAAGAACAAGCAAAGUCAAUCCGCGCAGUCGAACUCUGUAAAUCAAACGAAACUAAAAGAUGCUCCGACCACCACACACUCAGCAAAACCACAAAGACCACCAGUAAAACCUAGUGAACAUCUGUUAGCAAAUCAAAAAAAAAACGAAAGCGCAAAACAGAUUCAAAAUCCUGCCAAGACUAUAUUUGAUAAACCGCCCAAGACGUCAAAUAUUUUACACACUCCACCAGUAUUAGUGAAAGACGAGUUUGAAACGGGGAUGCGAGGGCUAAACAAACAGUCCGGACGACCAGUCAAAUCUGCCCAUGCAAAGAACCGGUCUAAAGACGAUAUUGGGCCACAGAACUCGUAUGUCGGUCCAAUACGUACUAAAACUUCAAUGUCUUUUCCUCAAACACCUUAUGCACGGCCUGACGCUUCAAGGAAGGACGUACAACCUUCUUCGUGGAUGUCGUCUUCGGCAUCAUAUGUACCUUCUGCAUCAUUACCCUCGCCGACGGAUACUUCACCGUCGUCCAUAACAUCAGACAGGGACAAAGUGGAGAAGCUAAUGGCAAUAAAACCAAAAAAAAAGAAACCAGAUCAGUUGAAUUCUCAACCAAUGAUUCCUCGGAGUUUGACACCAACUGCCCCAAAAGAAUGGAAAGGUUUAUUGUACAAAACCAAGAAUGACAGGUUGGUAGGGACCAUAUCAAUAAAACCGUUAAGCGAGCGAUGUGAUGAAAUAUUGAUGCAUGAACUCAGAGAUGAAGAGAGGCUUACCCUUGACAACAUAGUGGUUCAGAGCUUUGUAUUUCACUUAUAUAAACAAUUUCCACAGGCAUUGUAUACGAUGCACUCAUCACUUCCUCAAUAUCAAUUAGAGCAAACAGUGUUGCCAUUAAAAUUCAGUGAGAUGGUCGGCGUUAUUUGGCUGCCACGUGUUGCUCCACAGAAUGUGCUAUUUGCGAUUCCGACAUCAACCCGGGCUUGUGAGGUUCUCCGUGUUGCCCGACCAAAUGAACUUUUCAUUCUUUUUCGUUUUUCCUUGGCACAUGCUCCACCCCGGCCACAAAUAUCAGCAUUUCAAUCGAAAUCUGGUUAUUCUCUUGUGCGUCCUGAGGAACUUAAAGAUCCUGACAGAUUUGACGCUGAGUUGACAGCACAACUACUAGGAAAUAUCCCAUCAGAAUUUGUGGCAGCACUAUUCAAUAAAGUCUUUACGAUAAUAGCGCCGGAUGAAUGUCAUUAUGAAGUACGAGACAUGCGAUUAUUUCUGUGCACAAUGCGUGGCACGUAUAAGCAAUUUAAGGAAACUGAUCUGUUUGAUGUGGACGUUAUAUUUAUACACCGUGCUAUGAUGAAGAAUUGCGACACUUUACCUGACAUUACUGCUGUGAAGAGAAAGAAGAACGUGAAGUUCUUUUUGUUUGGCCAUUAUCUUUCAGAUGGGCCAAACCCUGGGCUUCCUUGUGAAAUAUAUACAUCAGGUUGCUACUUGUCUGACAUUGAAGAUGCCCUUUUUGAUGAUACUGUUGAUAUUAUUAGCAAACUUGUAGAGUUCAGUAGAGCACAAAAGCUUUCACGCCCAUCAGUGGUGUGGAAGAUAAGUAUACACAAAGACACCAUUAAUUACUUGGCUAAUGUUAAGGAUGAUCCAUUACAUCCAGAACAAAACAGGGCACAAGAUGUAAUGCAGGCAAUCAGUCUGAAAUUGACACAUCAACAAAUUGAUGUAAUAGAAACUGUUUGUCCACAAAAGGGUGAUGAUUUAACCAUUGAUGAAGUACUAUAUUUGUAUAUGCAGCAAUUGCACCUCAGUCACUACAGUGAAUACAGAUAUUUUAUUGUGAUUGAUGUUAAAAAAGAUAUAAAAUUACGUAUACCAGGGGUGGAAUCUCUAACUUACCAGGAGUUCAGGCAUAGGUUUAUUUUGGACAAUCAGUAA